AUGGCAUUCAAUCGCCGACGAUUAUCUAGUUCCCCAAUGAUAUCCCUCAUCGUCCUCCCCUUCUUCGUCUUCCUUCUCAGCUUUGCUGGGCCAGCAUCAGCCGCCGGAUCGGCCGUUCUGGGCAUCGACGUUGGCACAGAAUAUUUCAAGGCCGCACUAGUGAAACCCGGUAUCCCGCUCGAGAUCGUCCUGACCAAGGAUUCGAAGCGCAAGGAGUCCGCCGCGAUCGCCUUCAAGCCUACACGAGAGAGCGAUGCACCUUUCCCCGAACGGUUCUAUGGUGGUGAUGCGCUCGCCCUGGCGGCUCGGUACCCGGAUGAUGUUUACAUCAAUUUGAAGACGCUUUUGGGUGUUCCAUUUAACGAUGGAGCCGAUGAGACUGUCAAGAGCUACUGGAGUCGGUUCCCCGCAUUGAAUUUGGAGACUGCGCCUGAUGGCCGUGGCUCCGUUGCUCUCCGCAGUAACCGUCUCGGUCAGGAGCAGAAGAAGGAGGCUUUCUUGGUUGAAGAGGUUCUUGCCAUGCAGUUGAAGCAGAUUAAGGCUAACGCUGAUACUCUGGCUGGUAAGGGCUCUGAUGUCCGUGAUGUCGUCAUUACUUACCCUGCGUUUUACACCGCGGAGGAGAAGCGGAGCCUUGAAUUGGCUGCCGAGCUUGCCGGGUUGAAGAUCCAGGCUCUUGUCAGCGAUGGACUCGCGGUUGGCUUAAACUACGCCACCAGCCGUACCUUCCCAAGUGUUUCUGAUGGCGAGAAGCCCGAGUACCAUGUUGUUUACGAUAUGGGUGCUGGAUCGACCUCCGCUAGCGUUCUGCGGUUCCAGAGCCGCAAGGUUAAGGAUGUUGGCAAGUUCAACAAGACUAUCCAGGAGGUUCACGUGAUUGGUGCUGGUUGGGAUAAGUCGCUUGGUGGUGACUCUUUGAACGAUCUUAUUGUCAACGAUAUGGUUUCCCAGCUGGUCGAGGACAAGAAGCUCAAGGACAAGGUCACGGUCGCUGAAGUCAAGGCACAUGGCAAGACCAUGUCGAGACUCUGGAAGGACGCAGAGAAGCUCCGCCAGGUUUUGAGCGCCAACACCGAGACUUCCACUAGCUUCGAGGGUCUGUACGACGACGAUCUCAACUUCAAGUACAAGCUCAGCCGGGCCAACUUUGAGAAGAUGGCCGCCGAGCACAUCGCCCGUAUUGGAACCCCCGUCGAGCAAGCCUUGGCUACCGCCGGCCUAAAGUUGGAUGACAUGGACUCCGUCGUUCUCCACGGUGGAGCCAUUCGCACUCCUUUCGUCCAGAAGCAGCUUGAGAAGCUUUGUGGCUCUUCCAAGAAGAUCAGAACUAAUGUUAACGCCGAUGAGGCAGCUGUCUUUGGUGCUGCUUUCAAGGGCGCUGCCCUUAGCCCCAGCUUCCGUGUUAAGGAUAUCCGUGCCAGUGACGCGGCUUCAUACCCUGUCUCCUUGAAGUGGAACUCUGACGGAAAGGAUAGAAACCAGAAGCUCUUCACUGCCACUUCUCAGGUCGGCCUUGAAAAGCAGGUCACCGUGAAGAAUCUGGAGGACUUCGAGUUUAGCUUCGCUCAACACGUCGCCGAGAAUGAAGAGCAGGCUAUACUCAGUGUCCAAACUCAGAACCUCACUGCUUCCGUUGCCAAGCUCAAGGAUACCUUCGGCUGUACCACUGCCAACAUCACCACCAAGUUCGCUAUUCGCCUCAGCCCUGCUGACGGUCUCCCCGAAGUUGUUGGUGGUAACGUCAGCUGUGAAGUUGAGUCUGAGAAGAAGGGAAUUGUUGAAGAUGUCAAGGGCUUCUUUGGUCUUGGUAAGAAAGAUGAGCAGCAACCCCUAGUCGAUGAGAAUGGUGAGCCGCUCGAGUCUAUUACUCUCGAGCCUGAGACCGAGUCUGCCACCACAACCUCCGCCAGCUCUUCAUCCACUACCACUACCAAGGACGCCAAGGCUACCCCCCAGAUCAAGACUGAGAUCAUUCCCAUCAGCUUGAAGUCGACUCCUCUUGGAACCCCAGCUCCCUCGGCCGCAGAGCUCCUUCGUAUCCACGCCCGCCUCUCUGCCUUUGAUACCUCCGACAAUGACCGCAUCCUCCGUGAGGAGGCUCUCAACGAGCUGGAAUCCUUCAUCUACCGCAGCCGGGACCUCGCCGACAACGAGGAGUUCGUCAAGGCUGUCAAGGCUGAUCAAUUGACCCUCCUCUCCGAGCGCGCCUCCAAGGCCAGUGACUGGCUAUACGAGGAGAGUGACAAUGCCAAGACCGCCGAGUUCCAAUCUAAGCUCAAGGACCUCAAAGACAUCGUCAACCCAGCAUUGAAGCGCAUGAAGGAGAGCUCCGCUCGUCCUGCUCGCGUUGAGCUGCUCAAGGACAUGCUCAAGAACGCCGAGUCGAUGAAGGAGCUGAUCAAGAACCAAAUCGAGAAUGACGAGCAAACCUACUCGUCUUCCCUCUCCGCCUCGAGCGCCACUUCUACCGAGUCUGAGACCAGCACCCCCACCCCAGCCGCCUCCGAUGAGGGUCUCGAUGACCUCGAUGAGGACACCUACUCCACCUCCACAACAUCCACCAAGACCGCCGCUACCGCCAAGCCCACUGGCCCCAAGUACUCCCUCUUCACUCCCACUGACCUUACUGCCCUCACCCAGGCCUAUGAGUCCACCGCCCCCUGGCUGGAUACCCAACUCGGUCUUCAGGAGAAGCUAACCGAGUCCGACGACCCAGCCCUGACUCUGGUGGAAGUUGACUCCCGACUGCGCGAUUUCGAGCGCAUCCUCAACCGUCUCUACGAGCGGAUGACCGCCGCGGCGGGACAACAAAAGAAAAGUUCCGGUAGCAAGGGAAAGAAGGGCAAGUCCGACUCUGAGAAGAAGGCCAAGGCCAAGGAGCAGCCCAAGAAGGAGAAGGAAGACCUUCCCAAAGAUGAGCUGUAA